UGAGAAAUUGAGCUACGAAAAGAAAAGUAAAAGCAUUGGUGCAGUGAAUCAAUGGAACUGAAACGAGUAGAGUUGGUUAGUUAGCUACUAUGACAUUUGCUUCCACCACAACUCUCACUCUCUCCCAUCGUCGAACACCAUUCCCUUACUCCAAAUUUCGUUCUCCUCAACCAAACAAUGUCGUUGCAUUUUCUAGUUUCAGUAAUCAAAUUGUUUCCAAAUUAAGCAUUCAAAAUGAAGAGCUCCAGGUUCAAACUAGCAUGUGGAAUUGGAAAGGUUAUAAUAUUCGCUAUCAAUAUUCUGGGAACAACGGUCCAGCAUUAGUUUUGGUGCACGGUUUCGGAGCUAACAGUGAUCACUGGAGGAAAAAUAUUCCAGACCUAGCAAAAUCCCACCGUGUAUACUCUAUUGAUCUUAUUGGAUAUGGAUAUUCAGACAAACCAAAUCCUCGUCAAAUUGGAGACGAUUCCUUUUACACGUUUGAUACAUGGGCCGCACAAUUAAAUGAGUUUUGUCUUGAUGUCGUUAAGGAUGAAGCAUUCUUUAUAUGCAAUUCUAUUGGAGGAGUUGUAGGUCUUCAGGCAGCUAUAACAGAACCUCAAAUCUGCAAGGGAAUUCUCCUGCUUAAUAUAUCUUUGCGUAUGCUUCAUAUAAAGAAGCAGCCUUGGUUUGCAAGACCUUUCAUCAGUUCAUUCCAAAGAUUGCUUAGGGAUACUUCUGUUGGAAAAUUCUUCUUUAAAGCUGUUGCGACAAAAGAAUCUGUGAAGAACAUUUUAUGCCAGUGCUAUCACGACACUUCCCAAGUGACCGAUGAGCUAGUGCAGCUCAUCCUUAGUCCAGGGCUGGAACCUGGUGCUGUAGAUGUCUUUCUUGAAUUUAUUUGUUACUCAGGAGGCCCUCUUCCGGAGGAACUGCUACCCCAAGUAAAGUGUCCGGUUUUGAUAGCAUGGGGUGACAAGGAUCCUUGGGAACCAAUUGAGAUGGGAAGAAAUUACGGAAAUUUUGAUUCAGUGGAAGACUUCAUUGUCCUUCCAAAUGUUGGCCAUUGCCCUCAGGAUGAAGCACCUCAGCUUGUGAACCCACUUGUGGAGUCAUUUGUGGCACGGCAUGCCAAAUCUUCAUCUCUUACCCCAUCAGUUGAUUGAUUCCCUGUCUGUCACUUUAUUGAUCCUGCCGGGCACAUUGAAAUCGUGUACAUUUCUUCAUUUGCUUCCACCAAGAGUGGGUUUUUUACUUUUGUAUAGUAUAUACAUUAUGAAUUUUCUUUCCAUCGAAAGAUUCAUUUUGGAAGGAAAAGUAAGGAAGUAGCUACAUCAUUGUUGUCAAAGUCAGUAGAAUUAAACAAUUAAUUUUUAUAUAUUAUAUGUGUAUUGUACAUCAUUGGUUUUGUAUAUUUUUUUCCUCCUAACUUUAGGACUUGAUUCCUUGUACUCUUCUAGGUUAUUUGAUCAAAGGAAUUAAGGAAACCCUCUAUUCCCCAAAUGCUUCCAUGUCUUUCUGGGGAUAGAAAAAUGGAUGGAUUGGAUGAAUAUGAAUUUUGAUCCUAAUGGAUGGAUAUUUACGUGUGUUAUUCUUUUAA